CUCUCUAUCGUAUCCUUGUUCUCUUUGUGAGAAUUUUCAAGCUGCAGGAAUGAACGAUAGUCGGAUACUUGCGAAGAAGCUUAGCGAUGGCCAACGGAGAAACCCAUAAAAUGAGAUAAUAGGGGAAAUACAGAUGAUAAACAAAUCUACAGAUAGGUGGUAGAAUGUUCUAGAAUGGUCAUGUGAUGUCACGAGACCAGUUAUGUCGCACUUUGGAAAAAAUAGUCUGACGUACGUCUUUGUUUUCUUUAACGAUUUUUAAGGUCGGGUACUUCAUAUAUUUUAUUUUUAUCAGGUUUAAUUGUAUCCCGAGAGACUGACUGGUAAUAAAAAUGCUUUCCAACGUGUUAUUUUUUGCAUAAAAUCGUGCCUGUUUUCCUCUCAAACGAAAAGAAAAAGAGAACCCGGGCACGUGAAGGGUAUUGACCAAUCGGAGGCCGAGCUCCGAGCAGAAGGGUAUAAAUAGCGGGCUUGUUGCUGUGAGAGACGUCCGCCAUUGAAGACUGGUGUUGUUUGGAGAAAAAAAAGGGGGAAAAAAGGCUAAUUUGUUUUAGAAACUUUAUUUCAAAUCAUUAAAGUUUAUAUCCGGACGAAACAGUAGUUCAAGAGCCUGCAUUUGGUCAUCUUUUCCUGCAGAACUUCUUCGGCACUGUUAAAAACGUUCUUUGUUGUGCCAGUGACUGAAAGGUAAAUGUUUUAGUAACGAUACAGGUUUGAGCUAGCUGUUCUUGUUUAGCUAGCAGUGUAACAGCAUGAGCGAGUCGGAGAGACUGUACAAGUCUGAUAGUAGCGAGCUUGUUACAUGUCUUCGGGGCGGGGAAAUUUAGCUCAGCUAGUAGUUGAGGGGUGUUUUUUUUUUUCUCUCUCUCUCUCCCUUCCCCUGAUGUGAGGCUAAGCUACCUUGUGGCUAAAUCCCAAAUGACUCCUUAGAGGACAUGUAGCAAACUACAAUGGAACGUUGAAGCCGUUACCUCAUACCGCAACGUAGGGCACCUACAUAGGGGAUAAGGCACUAUUUAGGAUAGAGGCUGAGACAUUUUGUGUUGGCCGUGUCGGGUCGCCAUUUUGUCGCCUGUUUUCCAGUCAUUGGGUUUUCGCGACAUUUGAAUUGAAGUGUUUUUCAUAAAAUAAAACGCGAAUAAAAUGAUUGAUUUUGAUUCUUUGAAUCUAGUAUUUUAGUAACUUACUGGAUUUAAUUUGCUGGAGCUAUUCUUUUGGCUCUGUUUGCCAAGUGCGUUGUUUGAUUUCAUACGGUUGCGUCAUGCAGCACAUGAGUAUAGAUAGCUAGCUAGCGGUUAGCAUUCGGACAAAGGAGCGUGGUUUUGCUCAUUUCGUACUUGUUUUUACGUGUGGUUGUUUAUGUAACGAAAUAAAUGGCUUGUUUUCAAGCCGUUCACGACAAACCUUGAAGCCUCGUGGUGCUCGACUAUCUCGCUAGGUAGCCUUGGGGUCCUAAAUGGCUCCCUGUUGAUUUUGUAUAGUGACUAAACGGGCUGUAGAAUAUAUCAUAUUUUUCACCUUGUAUAGUGUACCUGUAUCGAGAAGAGGGAACCUUUUGUGCUCCAGCGUUAUAGUAAUGCGCUGAAAUGAUCUCUACAGUACUAAAGACUUGACCUAAUUGUAUGACAUUGUCUUAAUUCGCAUGUUGAUCUCCAUAGCAACCGACAUUUAACUGUUAGCUCCGUAACGAAUUGGCAGAGGCUGUGUAAUGAAUGCUGAGCUGGCCAGACAUAGCUUCAGAACAUCUUUCUGUGCACCUGUGUCUUUGGAGCAGAACCGACCAUGUCCGAGCCAGUACUCAGAAUGAACAGGAACCCCCCUCCUCCCGAGUACAAGAACAAUAAAAAACCUGGGCGCCUCACCAAUCAGCUCCAGUACCUGGAGAAAGUGGUGGUCCGAGCCCUGUGGAGGCAUCAGUUCUCCUGGCCCUUCAGACACCCUGUGGAUGCUGUUCAGCUCAACCUGCCUGAUUAUUAUACAGUAAUCAAAAACCCAAUGGACUUGAACACCAUCAAAAGGCGUCUUGAAAAUAAUUACUAUUGGACGGCUAUGGAGUGUGUCGAAGACUUCAACACGAUGUUUACAAAUUGUUACGUAUACAACCGGCCGGGAGAUGAUAUAGUUUUAAUGGCUCAAGCUCUUGAGAAGUUGUUCCUUGAGAAAGUAGCUGAAAUGCCACAGGACGAGUGUGAGAUCACAGCAGUUACCACCAAGACACCUCUGAAAGGAAGAAGGAUGGCCGCUGCGGGACCGGGGAAAACGCGGCCUCAGUCUCCUGUGUCUGAGGUUGUGUUUCAACAGACGGUGACCGUCAUACCUCCUGAGGCACUACACACCAUCUCAUCUGCACCCCUGUCUAAUCAGCUUGAAACCAAAUUAAAAAAGGGGGUGAAAAGAAAAGCAGACACCACAACCCCCUCAGCCCCUGACCUUGCCAGCAAUGAGUCCUCUCCCUGCAUCCCUGAACCGAAGGUGCUGAAAUUGUUUUCCCGGCGAGGCAGCGGGCGACCCAUCAAACCACCAUGUAAAGACCUGCCAGAGUCGCCACCGCAGCACCAGGUGGGGCGCAGGGCCAAGCUCUCCGAAAGGCUUAAAUACUGUAGUGGUAUCUUGAAGGAGAUGUUCGCCAAAAGGCACUCUGCCUACGCCUGGCCGUUCUACGAACCAGUGGACACUGUGGCGCUCGGCCUGCAUGACUAUCAUGAUAUCAUCCAUCAGCCUAUGGAUUUGGGCACCAUUAAAAAAAAGAUGGACAAUCGUGAAUACACGGACGCCUUGCAGUUUGUUGCAGACAUUCGUCUUAUGUUCUCAAAUUGUUACAAAUACAACCCACCGAACCACGAGGUUGUGGCUAUGGCCAGAAAACUCCAGGAGGUUUUUGAGUCCCGCUUUGUUAAGAUUCCAGAUGAGCCCAGACCUUCGACUCCUAGCCAGCACCUCGUGCUCAAAAAGGGGAAAAAUGAGCAAACAGGAAGUCCGUCCAGCUCAGAGAGUAGCGACUCCGAAUCUUCUUUGUCAGAAAGCUCAUCCGACUCUGAGGAAGACGAAGAGAAAAGAGCACAAAGACUGUCUGUUCUGGAGGAACAGCUAAAGGCAGUGCGGGAGCAGCUGCAAUUACUGACCCAAACACCGUUGCUGAAACAAAAGAAGAAAGAGAAGUCAAAGAAGGAGAAAAGAAGAAAAGAAAAGCGAAAAGGUGGUGAUCUGUGGAAGCCAGCUCCAGAGAAAGUGCACAAGAGGUCAAGCUGCAGCAAGUCAUCAGGGAAGAAUAUGGAGAGCAAAGGAUACGAGUCUGAAGAGGAGCUUGCACUGCCAAUGUCUUAUGAGGAGAAACGACGCUUGAGUCUGGACAUCAACAAGCUGCCUGGAGACAAACUAGGCAAAGUGGUAAAUAUCAUCAAGGCCAGAGAGCCUAUGCUUCGAGACACAGACCCUGAAGAGAUUGAGAUUGACUUUGAGACACUCAAACCAACAACACUUCGAGCUCUGGAGGCAUUUGUCAUGACUUGCCUCAGGAAGAAGCCUGGCCAGAAAAAUCCCCGAAAACCGAAAGACGAAAAGAUGGAGACGGAGAAACAGAAGGCCAGUGAAGAUCUAAAGCCUACCAAGAAGACCAAGGCAAAGAGUGAAUGUAUGGUGGCAGCAGCAGAGCCCAAGGAGCUGGCGCACUCUUCCCGUCUUAGUGAGAGCAGCAGUUCCUCCUCCAAUUCUGACAGCAGUAGUUCUGACUCUAGUUCUUCUGAUAGCAGUGACUCUGACUCAGAGCAGAAACCUAAGAAGAAAAACAAAGCCCAUGGUCAUGGGAUCAAAACUAAAAACAAGGCGUUGAAGAAGAGCAUUGCCCUUGAGAUGAAGGAGUCUUCUAAAGACCUGUCUGAGCAGGCCACCAAACCACCUGCUGAGGAGGCCAAAGCACCACCAGCCCUGCACAGCCAGCUACCUCCUCAGCCUUCCAGACCCAGUGCCAAAGCCACUCCUCUAGUUCGAAAGACCUGGAUAACCCCCCAAAAUCCACCCUCUGAGCACAGCCCCUCACCUCCCACUGCCCCUCCUGCUGCAGAUAUCUCCACCACCUUUCCCUCUUCCCCACAAAACCUCCAAGCAGUACUACCUAAAAAUUCUCCACCCACAGCCUGCCCACAUCCACCUACUUCACCCAGUUGGUCUAAGAGUCCCUCAAGUUCCUUCAUGGCCCACAGUUCCCCAGCAUCUGCUCCCCCAGACCCAACAUGCCCCCUACCAACUGCUGCCACUGUAAAUCCUCAGCAGAAAGGUUUCCCUGCUCUCCUUUCUCCGCUAUCCUCCCCUCCUGGUCUGUCCUCCUCAAACUCCGCAGCAUCUGUGGCAAGACGCCAGUCCAUCACCAAGCAUGAGCAGUGUCCCAGUUUGUCUACCCCACUGGCACAUGUGGGGAAAGAUCAGGGGGACCCAGGUGUAGUGGGAGAGUCCUUCGCUCAGCUGCACACAAUGCCUGGGACUAAAUCCACAGAAGAUGGGGAACAGCACAAAUCUACCCAAGACCAGAAGCCCAGCAUGGCUAAAACAGAAAUUGUUCUGAAGCAUGCAGAGUCCUGGACAAGCCUGGGCAAGAUGUCUGUUCUUGCACCUGCUACCAUCCGGUCAUCCAAGGAGAGUUUCCAACAGUUCCGCAAAGUUGCCAUGGAGAAGGAGGAGCGAGAAAGGGCACGUAAGCUCCAGGUGGAGGCUGGCAGAGAAAGGAGUGGCUCAGACAAAAGCAGCCUGACGCAGCAGCUUUCUAAGGCCAAGUCAGAGAUCCAGGCCUCCAGGACAGAGUUGGAGUCCGCAGAGCUUCCCAUUAUGGCAGCCAUCUUGGACCAGCCUAAAACACUAGAACCUUCUUCUCCUACCCUGUGCUCCAUGGACAGUGAAAGAGAGAUGGCACGCAAGAGGGAACAAGAGAGACGCAGACGGGAAGCUAUGUCUGGAGUCUUCGACAUGACCAUGCAGCAUGACAUAAUGGCCACCUUUGAGAAGAACCUCGACUGAAAUGACUGUAAAACAAAUGCAUUUAAAAUAAAAAUUUAAAAAAAGUUUGUUUAAAAAUAUGCUACUGUUCUAUGAAAAGAGUAGCUGGUCUCCUCCACUUCUUGAAAGCUCCAUGAGUCCUGGUGACUGAAACGGGUUCUAGCAUCUCACCAAUGUGUGAUUCUCUCACUUUACUUUCGCACAUUUAUAUUGAAGUGGCUGUAAUAAAAUUUAAGAAGCUGAUCCUGUACAGUGUAUAAUUUAAGUGGAGCAUGCCAUGCAAUGGGCUGCCUGUGUAUCUAAUUGAUAUGAUAUUAGUAUUUGGAUGUUUUGCUUAAUUUUCAAUAUUAAAUUACACGCAAUGUCACUUCUUCCUUUUGUGAAGGGCAGUAAAAAAGUGAUUGUGUAUCGUACUGAGAGUUUUAUUUUGUUCUAUUUUCCCCUUUGUACUGAAAAUGGUUUCACUUGUAUCCUAAGUAGUAAUGAAACAGGUCUUCUCGUGCUGACUGUUGAUGAAACUGUGAUAUGAGUGAGGUCUGUAAUGCAGCGAGUUAACAAUAUACAAAUUGUGCUUUGAUUUGUAUAUUUGUGGAGCUUUGAAUAAUUCUGUGUGAAUAACAUUCCAUUGUCCAUUUUCAAAACAUGUAACGAUACCUGCAACGUGUUGAUCAGUCCCUCCCUCCCUCCUUUUUUUUUUUCUUCCUCCAUUGGUUGUCUUGAAUCUCGACAGCCUCACCUUUAUUAUUUUACAAUUGUACGAUGCGUCUCUCAAAGCCUUAAAGUUGUAAUUAUAUUCUUUGGCAUUAUCCAAUGAUUUUCCUAAAUGUAGCAUGAAAGCUGAAGGGAUGCAAAUUGUGAUUUGUAAUCGCAACAUGAACAUUAUAAAAACAAUUUUUGUGGUAAUAUUUGCUUUUUUACAAGUCUGCUUAUUGCAUAUGCAAUUCAUCAUUUACUCUAAUUGUUGCAUUUACUUGGUCAUAUUAGCAAAGUAACUUAAUGUUCACUUGAAAUAAUCAGUAUUUUGUCUGUAGUAGAAGCAAUGUAUCUGAAUGUGACCUUUGCUCAUGUUAAUCGGCAAUAUAACUUAUUGUAUGUCAUUCAGUAACAGACGGUAUAUUUUUGAUUAUUGAGAAAUAUUUUAGCGAAUUAUAAUGCCACUCUGCCAUUCUAUUUAGCUUCUCUAAGAUGCACAGCAAAUACCUAGUGUUGCUUUAACUGUUCAGGCAUUUGCAAACUGUCACUGUUGAUUCAGUACUAGGCAGAUUAGUAUGCCUAAAGUUCGAGCAUCGUGGUCAGUGUUUGUUUAAGGUGUUGCUGUUUGUGUCGAGUUGAAAAAUGCAGAGUUGACCCUGACUUGUGACCAUUUCUCCUCGGUUGACUUCCUUCUGUCCAUCACUCAAGCACUUUACUCCGCAUUCUGGCAGAACCGAAGUGAAGAAGGAUAUGGGGAUUAUUUCAUAGUGACCAUAUUCCAGUAAAUUUAAAAAAAAAAACUGAAAUUAAAAAAAACUAUUUUCAUUUAAA